AUGCGCCUCUCCGCCGCGCUGCUCUGCAUCGUCUCACAGCUCUGGACGGUGAAUGCCAACGUCGAGAAGACGAUAUUCCUCGGUCCCAAGCCUGUGACUCUCCCCAAUGUCCGCUCCAGCCCGCAUGACUUCGGUCUGAACUACUUGUCGCCUGACUCUACCAUCCUCCCGAUCCGUGUGCCCGUACGGUUUCCUACCGAGUCGGUGCCCCGCGGUCUUGAGUCCUGGUAUCUGCUUCGCGACCUGGAAGACGGGCGGAGGUACGAAUUGCGCAUCUGCUGGCCGGCAACUCAACCCACCGACUUCUGGCUCGACACUUAUUCUGUUACCCAACUACUCGACACGCCUGAAUUGACCUCUUCGCUGUUACAAUUUAACUCGGAGUUUCGACGCUGCCUAGCCGACGACGACGAUAUCGCCACCAAGGAAACAUCGUCUGCAGCCCCAAAGUCGAUGUUACUUCUGCGCCUCCAGGCUGCAGCAUCUUACUACUCGACCAACCGCACAUUGAUGGACUACCCGCCUCCAGUCGAUGCGGAUCUCAUACUCGAUCCCUUUGUACUGAACGUCUUCCCCCAGUCACUCGCUCCCGUCGCCAUAUACAUUACCGCAGUCGCUUCAUCUACACUUCUGCACGCAAACAUGUCUUCGGCUGCCGGACCGCCUCCACCGCCUCCACCUCCGCCGCGCAAGCCAUCCUUCAACGGCAACCUCUGCGACAAUCUGUUCGAUCUUCUCCCCGCCGAACUGUUGCUUAUAAUCUACGAGUAUGUGGGUAGUGGUAAUCUCAUGAACCUCGCUCUGGCCAUCUACCCUACCCUGGAGCAGCACAGAAUUGUACCGCAGCUUACAGCCAGCACGUACCUUAGCAUAGUACGCGGGGCACAGGGUGCGACGGCGACCAGACGAUCCCUAGUCCUACCACCACCUUUGGAUAGGAUACCCAUGGAGAUUUGGCUCGUUGUAGCUCGGGAUCUAGAACCAAUCGCUAUUCUAUCAAUGAUGGUGGCUCUCGGCAGAUAUCCGCGAGAGUCGAUGACCCCAGAGACGGCAACGCGCAUGAGAUCAUGGUGCCGUAGGUCAAAGAGAAAGGAUGCAUCGUGA